AUGUUUGUGUUGCUGAUUGUCGUCGUUGGUGAUAAGUCGCAGGUGAAACGGGUGUCUAGCUCCAGCGAAAUGAUGCGCAUGAUUCAUGGAGAAACGAAAACGAUUGUGUUCAACUCGUACGGGGCCACGGUACCUUCUGCUCCUGGUGCUACGCUGCCAAAGGACGAAACCGAUGCCGCAACGCGCCAAGAAACCAGGAGCGAAUCCACCGGGAGGGCCUUCUCCAGCAGUGACAGUGUAAAUGGCUUCCCGUUUUCGAUACACCCCAAUUACCUAUCGAAACCCGUUCAAGUGGCACGGCCAGUAGACGAUGCGUACCAAACACCGAAAUACAUCUACCCAAGCUACUCGGACAGCAGCCGAAACAGCCGGCCGUACUACGAUGGGCCCGUGGCGAUGGACCGAUUUGCUCCCGGGGAGGCAUACGGUGGCACGAUCUACAAGUUGAAGAAGCAAAAGCUAGCCCUUCAGCAGGGAGGCGGUGGAGGUCCGUUUGCGUCGAUUCCGGCCGCUUCGUUCAACAGUCCGGUCAGCGUUGUUGCACCGACCGUAUUGCGACCGGCGGCCUCUGAUAACAGUCCAGUUAACAUUCCUGCACCGCCUGGCCUAAGUUCCAGUGGUUCACCACCUUCACCAGCAAUGCCAUCUAUGGAUGGUCCACCAAUGCCAUCCAUGGAUGGUCCACCCAGCCCGACUAUCAUUGCCCCAACACCGAAUCCGAGUUCUGGUGAUGAUACCGCCGGAACUAUCCCGGUCGGACCGGGAAAGCCGCAGUAUCUUCCUCCCUACUAUGCUGACAGUCGACCACCGCCACCGCCACCGGUUCCAAUGAAAAUGCCCACAAUGCCAAUGAUGCCAAUGAUGCCGCCAAUGAUGCAAGCGCCUGCAAAUAUGCCACCCAUGGAUGGCCCACCGACAGGACCAACCGGAAUGGAUCAUGACCACGAUCACCACCACCAUCACCACGAUCACGACUUUCCUUACUUGACCGGAUUCGACCAUGACCACUACCCGGACAUCAUUUACGAUCACGAUCACUUUCACCAUCAUCACGAUGAGCCAACCACAACACCAGCUCCACCACCACCACCACCGCCACCACCGGUACCGGAAACACCGCGUCUCAAGAACUACAGCUAUUAUUACAUCAGUCGUACGCUGUGGUACGUGCCACUGUACUUUACCCUUUACUUCUGCUUCUACGUUACGGCGCUGAUCCUUCGGUCGAUUGCCAGACACAAGGUCAACAUUCCUAACGAGUGGACCGCCAACCAACGUUCACUCUCCAGCCUGGCGGACCUGAGCGAUGCACAAACCCGCCAGAAGGCUACUAUGUUAGCCACUUUUACGAUGAAACAGAUCGAAGAUUUCAGGGAGAAAUACUUGUAG